AUGAUCUCAAAAGUUUGCUGCAUUGGUGCAGGAUAUGUGGGAGGACCCACAUGUAGUGUCAUGGCCCUCAAGUGUCCAGACAUCCAGGUGACUGUGGUGGAUCGCAGUGCAACACGAAUUGCACAAUGGAAUUCGGAAAAACUGCCAAUCUAUGAGCCAGGCUUAGAUGCCGUGGUAAAGAAAUGCCGCGGGCGGAAUCUUUUCUUCUCCACGGACAUGGAACCCGCUAUCCGGGAAGCGGAUCUAAUUUUUAUCUCUGUCAACACUCCCACGAAGACCUCAGGUCGGGGUAAGGGACGCGCUGCUGAUUUGAAAUUCGUAGAAAAUUGCGCGCGGAUGAUAGCUGAAAUUUCCCAGAGCAAUAAGAUUGUGGUGGAGAAGAGUACGGUACCCGUGAAGGCAGCUGAGAGUAUCAUGCACAUUUUGCGUGCAAACCAGAAGCCGGGUGUAAAGUAUGAGAUUCUCUCUAAUCCCGAAUUUUUGGCUGAGGGAACAGCCAUUAGGGAUCUCAUACAACCCGAUCGUGUUCUCAUUGGGGGUGAGGAGACCCCAGAUGGACAGAAAGCAAUUGAGACGCUGUGCUGGAUCUACGAACAUUGGAUUCCAAAGGAGAAUAUCCUUACGACGAAUACAUGGAGUUCUGAGCUAUCGAAAUUGGCGGCAAAUGCCUUCCUGGCACAGAGAAUCUCCAGCAUAAACUCUCUAUCGGCCGUGUGUGAGUCCACAGGGGCUGAUGUGAGUGAAGUGGCACGUGCUGUGGGCCUCGAUUCGCGGAUUGGAUCGAAAUUUCUACAAGCUUCCGUGGGAUUUGGUGGGAGUUGCUUCCAGAAGGACAUUCUCAAUCUUGUCUACAUCUGUGAGGGUUUGAAUCUACCCGAAGUGGCUGCCUACUGGCAACAAGUGAUUGACAUGAAUGAAUUCCAAAAGUCUCGCUUCACGCAGAAAAUCAUCGAGAGCCUCUUCAAUACGGUCUCGGAGAAAAGAAUUGCCAUCCUUGGGUUUGCCUUCAAAAAGGACACAGGAGAUACGCGUGAGACACCCGCUAUUGCGGUAUGCAAGCAACUCCUUGACGAAGGAGCGCAGCUCAGUGUGUACGAUCCAAAAGUGGAGCCACAUCAGAUUGUUCUGGAUCUCACUCAGCCACGGGUGACGGACAAUCCGGAAGCUGUUCAGGAAGCAGUGAAAAUACACGCAGACCCGUAUGCUGCCGUACAUGCAACUCACGCUAUUGUGAUUUGUACCGAGUGGGAUGAAUUUAUUGACUUGGACUACAAUCGUAUUUACCAAUCCAUGAUGAAGCCAGCUUACAUUUUCGAUGGGAGGAAAAUUCUUGACCACGAGAGACUUCAGAAAAUUGGAUUUAUUGUUCAGACUAUUGGGAAAAGGAUGCAACCCGGUGGAAGACAGAGAUUCUACGGAAGCAAUCCGCAACUUUAGGCAUAAGGAAAAUUCUGUUUUCCCUAAAAAAUAUCACUGCAAUUUCCUCAUAAAGGACUUUUCUUAUUUUGAAAGGAAAGUAAAUUUUUCCGAGAUAUAAUCGAGAA